UGUUGCUACUUGUACUGGUGACAUGUUUCCCUAGCUACACGGCUCCAUAUUUUCACAAACUCCAAGGUGAACUCUGUGCGAUUAAACCCGGGAAGGCUGGGCAGCUGCCUGUGUCCAAGAUUUCCCCAGGUGGCAGCCACCGGAAGACCGGAGUCUCCCUCUUUGAGCACAGGUGCACUCUGAGGAUUUACCAGUCCUUCACAGGGGGCCAGCUGGGUUUAUUCUGAAGGAUGCAGGAAAACAACAUUGACCAGCCGCCAUCACUGUCUCAGCUCCUAAGAGAGAGCUACCUGGCAGAGGCCAGAGCCCAGCAGCGGCACAGUGAGAUGAGCCGCUCGGACGCUUCCUCCUCACGUCUUCAGAUUUAUGGCUCACUCAAAGGCAAGGCUGAGGACUCAGUGGGUCACAAUGAGCCCCAGUUACCAGACCUCUCAGCCUUCCUCAGUCAAGAGGAGCUGGAUCAGAGUGUGAACCUGGCCCGCCAGGCCAUCGGACAUGAGCCACGAGAGGAGAGGGCAGAGGUCAAGGCCUCUGUCGUGCCGUUAACCCACUCCAACAUCUCAGCCUCAGCCUAUUCCUCUGAACCCCCAUCUAUUCCCUUUGCUGCUCCUUUUGCCGCCACAUCUGCUGUGCCUUUCACCCAACCAGCCCCUGAACUCAAAGAACUGCCAGCUGUACACACAACAUUCACAUCAGACAGAAAGAUGCACAAAGCAUCCACACGGCAGGAAAACAUGAUCAGGGACGCAAGGGACUCUGCUGAGGGGUUCAACGACUUUAACAGGUCAGCAAGGAACGCCCCGUACGGCCCAGAGACCCAGUCCAAGAAGGAGUUCCUCAACAAGGCAGCGGACUUCAUUGAGGAGCUCUCCUCUCUCUUCAAGGCCAACAGCUCCAAACGGGUACGACCAAGAGCGUGCAAAUCCCACAGGAGUAGGACCCAGAACAAGAGCCAAAAUGAUGGGACAGUUUAUCCCAUCUGUCCAGACAACAGGGAGCGCUCUGCCAUGCCCGCAGAGGUGGAGAAGGAAAGAUCCAGCCCUGUUGUCAGCCACUACCCAGAGGCCCGGCUGGACUCUGGGAUUGGGCGUGUGGAGUUUCAGGACAGCAGGAUUACUGAGGGGCAGCAGUAUGACUCUGUUUUCCAGGAGGUGGAGGAGGAGGAGGAGGAAGAGGUGGCUGAAAGCUGUGCCCUGACAGAGACUCCAUACCCGGCGGAGCCUGCGUGUGAGCCUCCUUGUUUCAUCCAGAAACUGAAAAGUAGGGAGGUUCCAGAGGGCAGCAAGGUCCAACUGGACUGCAUUGUGAGAGGACUCCCUGUGCCUGAAGUCCGGUGGUUUUGUGAGGGCAAGGAGCUGGAGAACAGCCCUGACAUUCAGAUCAUCACUAACGGCGAGCUGCACUCUCUGAUCAUCGCUGAGGCCUUCGAGGAAGAUACCGGGCGCUACUCAUGCUUUGCAUCUAAUUUCUAUGGCACUGACUCCACGUCAGCUGAGAUCUAUGUCGAAGGUGCCUCCUCAUCAGAUUCGGAGGGGGAGCAGCACAUUGAACAUGUAGCCCAGCUACAGAAAUCUACACCUCCAUCAAAGAGUCAGACUCCCUCUGUAGAAGAGCGCGAUUCUCCGUCAUCCCAACCUGCAGCAGCCACUGAAGAGCCAGUAGAGCAGCUCUCCUCUCCACCAACUAACCAAAUAAUCCCAGAACCUUUCCUACCAGUCUGGACAUCAGCCACCAUACUUCCUGUUCAGGAGCCCCCUACAACAUCUGUGGCAUCCACAGCACAACCAGCUCAGGAGGAAGCAACAGUGUCACCUGUGCAGGUGUUUCCUUCUUUGUCACCUGGUGAUACAGAGGUCUCAGAAUCCCAGGAGGUGCCUGUCACAUCCACACCACCACCAGUGCAGACAGCUGCAGCGAUAGCUACAUUGCUGCCUUUGAACUCAGUGGUCUCCACUGUGCUGCCUGUCCUGUCAGCUCCAACACAAACACCCCAACCUGAGAGUCAAACCUCCAACCACAACUAUCCACAAGGGUUGAACAGCCAAUCUAUCAUGGCUGCCCCAGUAUUCACAAAGAGCCUGCAGGACCUCCAUGCCUCAGAAGGCCAGCUGGUGGUGCUAGAGUGCCGUGUGAAAGGGGUGCCGUCCCCUCGAGUGGACUGGUACAGAGAUGGAAACAUCAUAGAGGACUCUCCUGAUUUCAGGAUCCUGCAGAAAAAGCCCAGAUCUCCAACUGAAUCAGAGGAAAUAUGCACUCUGGUCAUUGCUGAGGUCUUUCCUGAAGAUUCGGGGAUGUUUACUUGUACAGCAAGCAACAAGUAUGGAACCGUGUCCAGCGCUGCUGCUCUAAAGGUCAAAGGCAAUGGCAGCAACAGCCACGUGAGGCCUUUCAGCAGUUUGACAGUAGAGCCCAAUCGCAUCCAUGAACCUUCAUCAGCUCCCACUGUGAACCCUCAACUAGAGGUUACUGUGACCAACAGCAUCAAGCCCCACUCCAGCACCAUUCGCCUAGACCCGCUUAUCUCUAGCACCGUGCGCCUAGACCCCUUGAGCACCAGCACCCUCCGUUUGGACCCAAAUGGCUCCAGCAUGUUGCGUCCAGACCCCCUUCGCACCAGUCUACCCAGUUUGGAACCCUCCAGCCUAAGCAGCAGCUCCGGCCUCAACUCUCGCAGCAGCAGCACCCCAAACUUAGACCCCCUCUAUGUCCACCAGAACCCUCCUAGAUCCAGUGGAGCACAUCCAGAACCACAGAGCGGCAGACAGGUGCUCUCACACCCAAAACCCUUCAUUUCUCCAUUUGCAGUUGAGGCUUCAACUGAACAGGAAGUGUCCAGACCUGUAGUGACAUCGCCUGACACAAGCCCCAAAGUUAAGGGAACCCCAAACCACCAGAAUGGGAGCAUUAUUGUGGUGCCCCUCCCGGAUCCGCCUCCUAACUCCUGCCUAAAGACGGGCAACCAGACGAACCACAAAGACUCCAGAGUCGGCCUGCGUGUGCACUUUAAACUGCCCGAGGAUGAAGAGGAUAAACAGAGUGAUGCAUCCAGUCAGUGUGAUGAUGACACCACCUUGUUGGCUAACAAAGAACCCCCACCAGUGCUGGCUAAACCCAAACUGGACCCGGCCCAGCUCCAGCUUCUGCACAACCAGGUCCUCAUGGAGCAGCAGCAGGACACUGAGCCUCAGACCCACAUCCGCACCCCCACCCGGCCUCAGUCCCAACCCCAACUCCAGAUUCAGAUCCAGCCUGAGGUCCAAACCUCCAGCGAAGGUCCACUGUGGUCACCCAGAAUGCACCGUGAACCCCAUCCGCCGCCUUUCCAGACCUACGUUAACACCACAACAUCCCUGCAGCAGACGCCUCACUCUGCACCUCCACUGACCACCGCUCCCCCUGCACCCUCUCUGAGCUCUGCUCCAGCACUCAGCACCACCUUUUCACCUCCUCUCAACACUUCUCCUUUUAGCUCCCCUCCUUCAAUCCCUCAGCUAAACACUUCCUCCCUGGUGACCUCCCCUCCACCUGCCCCACAGCUGAAAACAGCUCCUCCUCUUAGUGUAGCUCCCGUAACCCAGAUGAACACCAUCCAUGCCUCUCACAUCAACCUGUCCCCUGCAGCUCUUGCCAAAACUGCCCCCACACCCCAAUUUUUCUCUCCUCCUGCACCAAAGCUUACUACAGCCCCUACAGAGCCAACCCCAGCCUUACAGCAGCUUACAUCUCCUACUCCUCUACUGAGAAGCACCCACGCCUCUCUCAUGAACCUCACCGCCACCUCCCACACUUUCAACUACACCCGGCCUAAAGAGUUCAUAGCUGCUCAGACCUUCUCACCAGUCAGGAGUCCCUCCCCAACAGAAUCACCAGUCCCUCUGCUCCAAGAGCUGGCCGCCGAGCUCAGUUCCUCUGCAGCUAGCUCCCCUACUCUACCACCAUUCUCCCCCCCACCCAGGAUCUUCCCCACGAGGGUGCUCAAGUCUCCCACCAGCCCUCCUUCGCUCGUGUCCUCACCUACACCAGUGUCGGGGUCUUUACUAAACAGUGUGUUCGCCAUACGAGCUCAGUCGCCUCCCCAGGCCUCCUCACCCACAUCCAGCAGCUCCACCCCUAGCCCCAUUCAAAACCCUGUGGCGUUCCUGAGUGCCGUCCUGCCAUCACUGACCCCGAGUCCACUCACCAACUCAAUGGGCCUGCCAAAAGGCGCUCCUUUAGGGCUAAAAAAGAAUGUACCAAAGGUGCGCCGCCCGUCCAUUGAAGACAUUCGUGAAAGCAAAGAACUUCUCCUCCAUGACAUCGAGAAAAAGCUUCGAUUUAGAGAGGACACAAUAUAUCUUGCACAUCAACAGAAGCUGAGUUAUGAGGGGAAAACAGCGAGCAGACCCCUUGGACCAAUCAUUCCUGCUACUGUCAUUAACUAUGAUGAGGAGUACAAAGUGUCCAAUUUUGAGCAGAGACUAAUGAGCGAGAUCGAAUUCCGUUUGGAGCGGACGCCAGUGGAGGAGUCAGAUGAUGAGGUGCAGCAUGAUGACGUCCCGAGGGGAAAAUGCAUCGCCCCAAUAUUUGACAAGAAACUGAAGAAUUUUAAAGCCAUGGAAGGCGGGCCUGUCACUUUCUCAUGUAAAGUCGUGGGAAUCCCUUUUCCAAAGGUUUACUGGUUCAAGGAUGGCAAGCAGAUCUUGAGGAGGAACAUCCAUUACAGGAAGAUAAGAGAGGGGGAUGGGACCUGUGCUCUGCAUAUAGAGUCCACGACCAAUGACGACGAUGGCAACUACACCAUCAUGGCAGCUAAUCCACAGGGACGAAUCAGCUGCUCGGGUCAUUUGAUAGUCCAAACGGGACCUCCCCGAAACAGACUGACACCUAUUCACUCUCAGAGGGUGCGAGCCCGCAUACAGGAAGUUGAAGGUGAGCAAACGCAAGAGCGUUUUUUUCGGCCUCACUUCCUCCAGGCUCCGGGGGACAUGCUGGCUCACGAAGGACGACUGUGUAGACUAGACUGUAAGGUAAGCGGCCUCCCCAACCCAGAGCUGAUGUGGUUGGUCAAUGGGAGGCCAAUCUAUCCAGACUUUUACCACAAGAUGUUGGUGCGGGAGAAUGGCAUCCAUUCUCUCGUCAUUGAUCCUCUGACACAAAAUGACGCCGGCACAUACACGUGUAUUGCAAGCAACAAAGCAGGACAGAGCUCCUUUAGUCUAGAGCUGAAAGUUGUGGAGAAAGAGAUGAAGCACCCUCCUGAGUUUGUGGAGAAGCUGCAGAACAUGGGUAUUCCUGAGGGGACUCCAGUCAGGCUGGAGUGUCGGGUGGUGGGGAUGCCCCCUCCAGCCAUCUUCUGGAAGAAAGACAAUGACACCAUUCCUAAAACUAGGGACAGAAUCAGCAUGUCCCAGGAUUCAACAGGAUAUGUGUGUCUCCUUAUCCAGCCGACAACAAAGGACGAUGCUGGCUGGUACACAGUGUCAGCAAAAAACGAUGCUGGAGUUGUAUCCUGCACCUGCAGGCUUGAUAUCUAUGCACAGUGGCAUCAGAGCAUCCCUGCACCCAUGAAAAAGACUCAGCGCACGGGCAGCCGCUAUGCAGCUCUGACAGGCCAGGGGCUCGACAUCAAGUCAGUUUUCCCCACCUCAGAGACCAACCCCAUCCUGUUCUCCAGCUCCCCUCCUGAGGUCAUGCUGGAGAGUGAGGAGCUGUGACGCUGCAGCACAGUGACCCUCAGAGGCCUCCCAGCACACGCUACGACCUCUCUGAGGUCAAAACAGUAGAGGGCUAAAAGAGUGAUCCGAGCAUUGUCAUGUGAUUUGUGUGAUGCAUUUGAAGUGAUACACUCAGAGUAGAAUGGCAAAGAAUUACUGUGUUAAAGCUAUCAGCAUUGAUAGUGAGUUUGUCACCAUUCCUAUUUAUUCAAGUCAUAUGAAGAGUGUUUUAAAUACAGGAAAAAAAAAAAAAAAAACAGAUUUGCAAAGUCUUAGCUCUUGAGCCAUCAGUGGAGUUGAAUAGUGUUCUCUGACAGGUUUGAAUGACACACGUUUGUUUUCUACAUCAUAUUUAGCUACGAUAGUGAGGCUGAGUGUUAGUGGUAACAUCUGUUCUUAAUUGUUAGUCCUGUUCUCGAAGUGGUACAAGCACUGCUUAAUUUUAUUGCAAAAAUAUAGAUAUACCUGUAUUGGUAGUAAUAGUUUCUUUUAAAGUUUAUAUAUAAAAAAAAGUAGUUUUAAUUUAUUGUUUAUUACUAAUCAGAGAUAGUUUACAGUAUAAUAAUAGACAUUUGAAUGUGCCAUUUAGAUCAGUUUAUUUAAGUGGCUCCAGCAAGAUAGGAUUCUUUCUACAUUUACCCAAGUCAUUUAUUGGUUCACAUUUUUUGCACCAUUUUUUCAUGUGCUUGCAUGAUAAAGGCUGAUGAAGAUGCAAUAUUAUAUAACAGAACAAACACACUAUGGCUGCUCACAGUCAUAAUAAUAACAUGCUGUUAGUUGACUCGUGGUUAGUGGCUGACACAAAAACUGUUGUGAUUUUUUUGCUUUCAGGUGAUUUAAUUCAUCUUUGUAUUGACAAAGAUUUAUCUCGACCGCAUCUAUAGAUGGAGCUGCAUCACCAGAGGAAUGAGUCACAUGAGACGAAAGUCUCUGUUGGCUUCACUUUAAAAUGACACCAACAAGUCACACGUAUCCUACAGAGGUUAUUACUGAACUCUGAAUAACAUAAAUUCAAGUCGUUUUGAAAACAUAUGAAAGAAAAGCACAUAAUCAACUGAUGUAAAGUUGCACAUUGUAAAAUAGUUUUGUCCUUCUCAGAAUAAAGUUAUAUUUAUUAAAA